AAGCCAUUUUGCACAAGCCCACUGUGAUCUCUCCUCUCAAAUCUAUUGAUUCUGUCAUUCACCGCUUCAACAUCUUAGACACUCUUCUCUUUAUUCAGCUAGGCGAUUGAAAGCAAAUUCUGAAUUCUUACCUGAUUUCUUUUUUUACUUUCGUACUUGAACUUACGAUAUGGUUCUAACACGCUCGAAAUCAAAUUCACAGGGCACUACUGCUGCUGCUCCAGCGCCAGCCAAAGCUAUUUCUCCAGCAAAGCGUAAAGGUCAAACAUCGGCUACACCUGCCUCCAAGGCAACGAAGACGGAGAAGGCUUCGGAUAUCAGUGCUAUCAAGAAUAAAACAGCCGAAGCCACGGCCACGAAUUCUACAGAGACCCCUGCAAUUGUAGCAGCAGAAAACAACACUGCUAACCCAAUUCAAGCUGAAGCUCCUGCUACUACGGAGACAUUAACUUCAGUUGAUACAGCAGCAACAGGGCCUGCUACGUUGGAUAUGCUAGAAGCAUCAGCGCCUCCUGCCCCUACUGCUCCUACUGCUGCGACCAUUCCGGCCCCCGUGGAUGUCCCGGUGCUGUCCUCUACAGCACCAGUAGUUGUCUCGACAGAAGAACCCACUGUUCAUGAUGGAGCCGCCAAGCCCAGCACUCUUCGCCCCUAUGAUGCGGUCGUUUCUGAUAUUGAGGGCACUACUUGUCCUAUUGCCUUUGUCAAAGAGAGUUUGUUCCCAUAUGUUACCUCAAAUUUGGCUGAUUUCCUGAAGAAAAACUGGUCGAGUGAUGAAAUGAAAGAGGCUGUAGAGGCACUUCGUAUUCAGGCCAGCAAAGAUAUUGCCAAUGGUCUGUCUGAUGCGACGCCCAUUGCGGUAGAAUCUGCUGACGUUUCUUCUGAGAAGGUUCAGAAGGAUGUGAUUGCCUCUAUUGAGUGGCAAAUGAAAGCUGACCGCAAGAUCGGUGCGUUGAAAGCAUUCCAAGGCUACAUGUGGAAGGAUGGCUAUGCUAAUGGUGACUUAAAAGGAGUCGUCUAUGACGAUGUGAUCGCCGCAUUUGAUAAUUGGAAAGCCGAAGGCAAAAAGCUAUACAUCUACUCAUCUGGUAGUAUUCCUGCCCAAAAGCUUAUCUUUGGUUUCUCCGAAAAAGGAGACCUUCUUCAUUACUUUUCGGGUCAUUACGACACAAGCAUUGGACAAAAAGUCGAGGCUGAGAGCUACACCAAAAUUGCAACUGAUAUCGGUCUCGAGCCUGCCAAGAUUCUCUUCCUUUCGGAUAACAUUCACGAAAUCAACGCUGCCAAGGAAGCUGGAUUCCAAGCUAUAGUUACGGACCGUCCAGGCAAUGCUCCUUUGACUGCAGCAGACCAAGAAAAUAACAUUGUCGUGAAAUCAUUUUUGGAGAUCCCAAAAGCUCUCUAAUCCAGUUGUGCUUCGCCUUAAUACAAUGGAAUCAACUCCAAUAAAUAUAAAAUUUAAGCCUGCAAUAUUCGAAAUGGAAACUUUUUGGUAGAUAGAUAGUGAGC